AUGCUGUGUAGCAGCACUGAUGAGGUGACACCGGGCUCUAGUUCUGAGCCUGGACCAAGCAGCAGUACCUUCACACCAUAUAGGCCUACCUCACUCAAGUACGGUCAGACAAUCUGCAGACAGCAGGAGGAUCCUCGAUCAUCUUCUGUCCUACACACUUCAUAUGGAUCAGAUGAUGUUGGGAACAGUCUGUGUCCUGGAUCGAACGGUGCCACUGAUACUGGUGCUCAGACAGCUGGGUUCACCGAAACACCACCGGCUGAAGUGACAACGUCUUCGUCUGCAACUCUGUCUCAUUCCUCCUCUGUGAUAGUGGCUUUGGUGGAAGGUCGUGGUUUAGCUCGGGGUGAGAUUGGCAUGGCCAGCAUCAACAUGAAAUGCCCUGAGCUGGUGCUCUCACAGUUUGCCGACACUGGAACUUAUGCCAAGGUGAUUACCAAGUUGCACAACCUGAUGCCCCUUGAAAUUCUGAUGCCAGACACAGCUAGUGUAAAAGGACAAGGAACCAAACUCUACAACCUCAUCACAGAGACUUUUCCGUCAGUCACAUUUACUGCCAUCCUGAGGAAGCACUUCAAUGAGAAAAAGGGCCUGGAAUACAUACAGCAGCUGUGUGUGCCUGAGUUUAACACUGUCCUGAUGGAAGUGCAAACCAAAUACUACUGCCUGGCAUCUGCAUCAGCUCUUCUCAAAUACUUCGAGUUUGUACAGAACUCAGUAUAUGCUCCUAAGUCAUUGAAAGUGACCUUCACAGGCAGCGAGCAGACAGCUAUGAUCGACACAGUAUCAGCUAGCAACUUGGAGCUAGUAGUAAACAACAGAGAUCACAGAAGUGAUCACACUCUGUUUGGGGUGUUAAACUACACUAAGACUGCUGGUGGGGAGAGGAGGUUACGCUCCAAUAUUCUUGAGCCUCUUCAGGAUGUGGUCACUAUUAACUCACGUCUGGACACCAUACAGGAGUUGCUCCAGAAUGAGGAGCUCUUCUUUGGAUUGAAGAAUGCCAUUGCACACUUCUUGGAUAUAGAUGAGCUGCUGUCUGCCCUUAUUCAGGUCCCAAAGCAAGAGACGGUAUCGGUGGUUGAAGCAAAAAUAACACAAGUAAUUCAGCUGAAGCACAUUCUGGAACUGGUCCCAGUGCUGAAGGCGAGGUUAAAACAUUCCAAAACAGCCUUGUUGGAAGCAUAUUAUACUUCACUUGAAGACAGUAGGUUUAACAGCAUUCUGGAUCAGAUCAAAUCAAUGAUUAAUGAUGAUGCCAGCUACAUGAAAGGCAGUCUAAACAUGCGUACACAGAAGUGCUACGCUGUGCGGCCCAACAUCAAUGAGUUCUUAGACAUUGCAAGGCGGGCCUACACAGAGGUAGUAGAUGACAUAGCAGGAUUGGUGGAUCGUCUAGGAGAGAAGUACAACCUACCCCUACGAACAAGUUUCAGUGGUGCGCGAGGCUUCUUUAUGCAAAUGAGGCUGGAGGGUGGAGCUCUACCUGGAGGGACUUUACCAGAGGAGUUCAUUAAAGUCACCAAGCAGAAGAACAACUAUAGUUGCACCACUUUAGACCUUAUGAAAAUGAAUGACCACUGCGAGGAGGCUUUGAAGGAGAUAUUCCAGAUGUCUUAUGUGGUGGUGUCCAGGUUUCUGGUUGAGGUCUAUGAACACAUCCACUGCCUGUACAAACUAUCUGAUGCUGUGUCUAUGCUGGACAUGCUGUUGUCUUUGGCCCAUGCCUGCACUGUGUCAGAAUACGUACGUCCUGAAUUCACUGAUACGUUGGCAAUAAAGCAGGGUCGCCACCCUAUUCUGGAGCGCAUUUCUGGGCAACCACCCAUCUCGAACAACACCUACAUUUCUGAGGGAAGCAACUUUCUCAUCAUUACAGGCCCCAACAUGAGUGGCAAGUCCACAUAUCUCAAACAAGUGGCCCUCUGCCAGAUAAUGGCUCAGAUAGGAUCAUUUGUGCCUGCGGAGUAUGCUUCUUUUCGUAUUGCUGAUCAGAUAUUCACCAGAAUAGGAGUGGAUGAUGAUUUUGAGACCAGCUCCUCCACAUUUAUGGUCGAGAUGAAAGAGGUGUCUUACAUUAUCCACAAUGCAAGUGCCAAGUCACUUAUUAUCAUAGAUGAACUGGGGCGCGGCACCAGUCCAGAGGAGGGUGUUGGCAUCUGUCACAGUGUUUGUGAAUUCCUCAUCAAUCUAAAGGCCUUCACACUGUUUGCCACACACUUUCUUGAGCUAUGUCAACUGGAAACUGUUUACCCCAAUGUGGAGAACCAACACAUGCAGGUUCAGCACAUUCACAAAGACGGCAGAGCAGAGAGCAUAGUGUACACAUAUCUCCUUAGCCAAGGUCACUCGGAAGAGCGCAACUAUGGUAUAAGAGCAGCAGAGAUGACCGCAAUACCAACAGAUAUUAUUCAGGAGGCCAAAACUGUUGCAGACAAGAUCAGUCAAAGGCUAUGGGCCAAGCAUGAUAGUGACCCAGCCACUCUCAGGCAGAGGGCAGUAUAUCGUCUAUCCACCAGACUUUUGCAGACUGCCCGUAAUUCACGGCUUGACCUAGAGAGCCUACGUCACUACCUGAAAGGCUUGAAGAGACAGUAUGAAACUGAACUACAAAACAGUCCAGAGUCCAUAGAGGAGUGAGGCCUGGGUUGAGGAAAAGGAC